AGUGAUGUCUGUCUUCAUACGGGGUGUGGUUAUAGAUAGCAUUCUUCCUUCACUCUCAUAGCAACUUUUCUACACUUUCGCACAGGGUCACGCUUCUGGAUACAUCAGCAAAAUGGACAUGAGUGAAGUAGGACCACAGACAUAUCUCUAUGGAUGCGAACUCACAUCUGGAAAAGAUGUGAAGUUCAUCCCAGAGGACGAGGAUGUGGAGCACCAGUUGUCCAUUAGAAUGGUGUGUGUCGACCCAAGCACGAAGGAUGACCUGCAUCUUGUGGAGGUGGAGGGAACAGGUGCGGAAGGAAAUAAAGUCACAGCAGUUCUGGCAGCCCUUAAGCCAUCAACUUCGCCCAGCGUGUGUGUGGGUGGGUUUGAAAUUACACCCCCAGUUGUGUUCAGGUUGAAGUCUGGGACAGGCCCAGUACACAUCAGUGGACAGCACUUAGUCAUGAUGCCAAGUUUUGAUGAUGAAGAGAUGGAGGAGGAAGAGGAGGAGGAAGCGGGCAACCCUCUGAAGCGAAUGGCACCUCCUGGAAUGAGGCUUUCGAAAAAGAUGAAGAUGGAGGAGGAAGAUGAUGAUGAGGAUGACGACGACGAUGAUGAGGAUGAGGACGAAGAUGAUGAGGAUGAGGAGGAUGAUGAGGAUGAGGAAGAGUCUCCAGUGAAGCCCAAGAAGGCACCAUCCAAACCACAGACACCUGUAGCCCAGAAUGGCAAGUCACACAAGCCCGGAACACCUGCAGGCAAACAGACCGUUCUGUUUGCUCUGCAGCAGAAGACCCCAGACAGCAAAGGUAAAGACAACAAGAAGCCGCAGACGCCCAAAACCCCCCAGACGCCACGCGCUCCCCUCUCCGUGGACGACAUGAAGACCAAAAUGAUGGUCUCCGUGCAGAAGGGAGUGACGCUUCCUAAACUUCAGCCCAAAUUUGAGAACUACAUGAAGAACACCUUCAAAGUGACCGACUCCAAGACCAUCGCUGACCUGUGGAAGUGGAGACAAACAGUGGACAAAUGAUCAGCAAUCACUCGUCCCUGAUUCGGUUGUCAAUAAUUUUUUUUUUGGAUAAAUUAUUGUUUUUCACCCCACCCUUUUGUUUUAUCCACCCCCAAGUUGGAGCCGUGGUUACGUAUUCUUAAUCACCACAUAAUCAGUCUGCGUCAGAUUGAGAUACAGAAAACUGUCUACACGUCCUCUCGGAUUUUACCUUGCCAUCCUGCCAUCAGCCUUAUUUGCCAGAAGAACUGACCUGCAAAAGAAGGAAGGGGAAUCCAGUCCAGUACAUUUUAAUUGUUAUUUUGAAAAUCAAGUGUGUGAACGGACCUCAUGUUUAAUUAAUGUUUCUGUUGUCGAGGGAGGUCCGUUGAGUAUUCCAGGUUUUUUUCUUUUUUAGUUUAGAGUCCAUUUCUCCCCUUUAUGUCAUGUUUGUUUGAUUGUCUGGUUGGUUAAUUAUGUGUUUCUGUGAGAACUGGUCCAUGUUGCCUGAAUGAGUUUUUAUAUGUGCCCUGUUGGGUACCGAGUCCCUUUGGGGGGUUGUCAGGGGGUUGGGGAGGGAGCUGAAUAAAGAAUUCCACUGAA